GUCCGAUAUCGGUCCUGUAGUCCUAAAGUGAAUCAACGGUACUCCCAAGCGUUUGUGUUUGAAACAUGUUCCUCUGGCUGCAAGCUAUACUCGUUUACACAAUCUUGAUGUUGCAUCUCUUUUGUAUGAAGAAAAAACGAAAAGAAAUGACUCCAUCUAUGCGGACUUUAGUAGGUGACGACGCAGGCAAAGGAGAAGCUGCUGUUGACCAAAUCAAAGAUCCGAACAAAUGAGCGUUAACAAACGUAACAAGCGCCCUAUAUAAUCUUAUGAUUGUUUACCCGGAACAUUAUACCUUCCAAAUAUAGAUUAAUUAAUAUCAACGUGACAUAUGAUGC